GCCCCGGUUUCUCCCUUCCGAGUCAACCCCGCCGUGCCCUAGCUAACACCGGCCGCCGCCGACGCCGCGCUCCCGCUCCCGCUCCCAUCCCCACCACCAACACCUCCGCCUCCCGCCCCCCACCGCCAUCUCCGUCCUUCCUCGCCCCGACAUCACGCUCCUGCUGUCCCCACCCCGUCCCAGUCUUUGGCCAUUGGGAUUGACAUCUGAGGUUGUCUCCAUCCAGCGAGUAGUGAAAUCCCACUGACCUUCACAAUUUCGGCACGCCGUCUGGAUCCGCCCCUGGCUGAUGGAGUGCGUGGUGCAGGGCAUCAUCGAGACCCAGCAUGUUGAAGCUCUGGAGGUUCUUCUCCAAGGCCUCUCUGGUGUCCCAAAGGAACGUGUGAGGGUGCAUGAGCUCUGUCUUAAAAGUGUACCAAUGCUAGGAGCUGUCCCAUCAGAGGUUCGUUUGUUGUGUGAUUUAGCUCAGCCUACACCAUCCUGGACCAUAAGACAUGUUGGUGGUGCCAUGAGAGGUGCCGGUGCAGAGCAAAUCUCAAUUCUUGUGCGUACAAUCGUAGAAAGCAAAGCCAGCAGCAAUGUGUUACGUUACUUCUACGGCAUCGGCUACAAGUUAGAUCAUGAAAUCUUGAAGGUUGGCUUUGCGUUUCGCUUCCAGCGAGGUGCCCAGUUCACCGUGACUGUGACUUCUGCCAACAAGAUGCCAAAACUGCAUGCGACCGACGAAGCUGUGCAGGUCACUCCUGGAAUACAGCUGGUGGAGAUCACAGCACCAGCCGCUGCUAACAAUUACAAUGAUGUUGUUUCAGCUGUCACCUCAUUCUGUGAAUAUCUAGCGCCGCUGCUGCAUCUCUCUAAACCAGGCAAUUCAACUGGAAUCGUCCCGACUGCUGGUGCUGCUGCUGCCUCGCUCAUGUCAAGUGGUGGUGCGAAAACAUUGUAAUGUUCGUCAUAUGUAAUCCUUCAGGCGGCAUGCUGGUCUGUACUUCUAGUCAGUUGAUUAGAAUGCAUGAAUAACACUAUGAUACCUCGAAAUGGUAUGAUUAAACAAGUAUUGUUGGCACUGUGUUGGAAAAAGUAUUCUUGGCACUGGGAUUUGUAACUUGUAUAAGAGUUGACAAUCAGCAGCCUAAGCAUCUCUGCUUAGUUGGAACUUAUCUCGAAGUAGUACGCGGUACA